UCCACAUUGUGUUACAAAAAAACUUUUAAUAUAUAAAUGUUACAAUAUAAACUGCACAUACUCAGUCCACAGUUGUAAAGCAAAACAGAUUUAGUUAGUUAUAUACAAAGUUAAUAGAUAAUAAAGACAAAUGAAAGAUAAAUAUAGAUAAUAAAGUAUAACAAAAGCAAUCUAACUGUAAACAGGUCAAAGGAAUAUUGUUCUUUAAGAACAUAUGCAAUUUCUUGAGUAAAUCUGGUUGUUCAACAGAAAAUACUGUAAUGCUGUUUUACUUUGAAUUAUUGCGCUCAAUCCGGUUGACACGCAUGCGCUUUGCUGUUAAGAUAAAACUUUUGGGAAAAUAAAAUAUGCUGUGUGGCUUUAAAUUCAUGAUAUAUAGAGAAAAUAUAUUAUUAGAGUAAAACAUAAGUCAUGUAUCUCUCAAGGGUUGGGGUCCGUGUGAGAACAUGACGCGAUUACCGGACCAAAAUAUGAUUUUGAAGGCUUUGUACAGAGUUAGUGGCAUGUGAUGCUGCGAAAUUCAUUCGCGUUUUGGUUUUCUGUAAAUCGGACAUCCCCCACAUCGUGUGUCUGCAUACAGCAUCCGGUGACGAUAGUCAGUUAAUAUUGACGAGCAUUUUCAGCGGCGGUCAAAAUCUCGGCACUGCACGGGCCUCCUGCGUCCAGGGGCGUGGCUACAUGUAUAACUACUCUCAUUGGCUCAGUCAUCUUUCAUAGCCAUACAUAGUUUGUGUAAAUCAGAAGCAUGGUUUGAUCAAUGAGUUUGAUGAGCAAAUGUUUUUAUGUCGUUCAAAAAGCCUUUAAUAACACAAAAAUAGCAUAGUUCACAAAUCGGAUAUGACUCUUGAGUGUUAAUAAUGAGGGAUUUUUUUUCCUGAAAUGUGGUGUCAAAUAUGCUUUGGAAUGUAGUAAAGAAAACUGAAAAAGAAAAUAACAUAACACAAUAAAAAAUAACAUGUAGUGUCCAUUAGUAAAUUUAGGCAAGUGCAAACUACAUCUUAUUUAGUGAAUCACAACUCUGCACGAGUAGAAGUACCAGAUCUCACCAGACUGUAGUUCACAAAAAUGGCCACCAGAUGGAGCCAAACGUCGACUUUUCAAGAUCUACCACAGCAUAAAAGUAAAAGAAUUUUUUGCGGCUGAGUUAUCUAUUUUUAACAAACAAUUUAUUGGGUGCCUGCUACCCUACUAUACUAUACUAUAUAAGCGGUUUAGAGUACGGAUGGAUGUAAUCGAUCAUUUCGUUUGACACAUAGAUAAGAGAAGCAGUGGUCAAGUCGUUGUUGAGGAAAUCUCUCUCUCUCGCUCGCUCCCUCUCUUUCUCUCUCUCUCUCUGGACUCAGGAGUCUCGAGCUCUUUCACGCGACAGAGCAUCAAAUGAAUUCACCUGAAAUCUUUCAGCGACUCUUGUUGUUAAUUCUGCUAUUUAAUCUUGAUAUACAUAUUACAUCUCACUGAAUGUUCUCAUUGUGUUAGUGUGAGAGAGAUCAGGAAGAACAGAAAUACCGGCGGAGUUUUACUACAAUGAAACGAAUAUUGAUCCGAUGCUGCUCGCGCUCGGACUGUCCUGCGUGCGCGCGCACAGAGUGAAUAAGCACAAGCCGUGGAUUGAGACAUCAUACCAUGGCGUCAUCACAGAAAACACAGAUGUGGUUCAGUUGGAUCCUCCUUUAGUGGCUCUGGACAAAGAUGCACCAGUUCCAUAUGCAGGUGAAAUCUGUGGCUUUCACGUACAAGGUCUCAGCGCUCCAUUCGAGGCCGUGGUUCUGAACAGCACGUCAGGAGAGGGGCGGCUGCGGGCGCGGGGACCGAUCGACUGCGAGCGGCAGAGAGAGUUCACCUUCAGCAUUCAAGCACAUGACUGUGGCACGGGGCCAGAGGGCCGUGGAGAGAAGAGAUCACACAAGGCGGCGGUGCAUGUGCAAGUGGGAGAUGUGAACGAGUUUCCUCCAGUGUUCGGUCAGCUGCAGUAUCACGGCUCGGUGACGGAGGGUAAAGUGUUUGACAGUAUUCUGCAGGUUCAGGCGUCAGACCAGGACUGCUCUCCACAGUACAGCCAGAUCUGCAACUACCAGAUCACCUCUCAUGACACAGCCUUCGCUAUAGACCGCAACGGUAACAUCAGGAACACAGAGAGUCUGAGCUUUGAUAAAAAGUCACAUUAUAAAAUCCGUGUGACAGCGCUCGACUGCGGUCAGAAGAGAGCGGCGCAGGACGCUGUCGUACACAUCCAUGUAAAACCUGUCUGCAAGCCUGGAUGGCAGGGCUGGAAUAAGCUUGUUGACUAUGAACCAGGAACAGGCAGUAAGCUGUUAUUUCCCAAGAUGCACCUGGAGACAUGUGACGGAUCUGUGUCCUGGAUUAGGACCACAGUGGAACUGGAAAGCAGUGGUGCAGGAAAAGGCUGUGACAGAGUGUCGUACUCCGAGAGAUCCUCACAGAAGCUCUGCGGAGCUUCAUCAGGCAGCACAGAUCUUCUUCCGGCCCCCAGCAGCGUUUUUAAUUGGACCGCAACUCUUGUGACGGAUAGCGGCCGGGAUGGUGACCUCACAUACCGGUUUGAUGGUCGUCAAGCUGCUAAGAUCCCAGACUGGGUCGUCCCGCAGAAUCUAACUCACCAGUUCACCAUAACAACAUGGAUGAAGCACGGGCCCAGUCCAGGACAGAGGGCUGAGAAAGAAACACUGCUCUGCAACUCUGACAAAACCGAGAUGAACCGACACCAUUACUCUCUGUAUGUGCAUAACUGCAGGCUGGUGUUCCUGCUGAGGACGGACUACACACAGACGGACUCCUUCAGACCAGCAGAAUUCCACUGGAAAUUAGAGCAGAUCUGUGAUAAGGAGUGGCAUUAUUACGUCAUCAGCGUUGACUUCCCAGUGGUGACUCUAUAUGUGGACGGCGUGACCUACGACCCUUACUUGGUAACAGAUGACUGGCCCAUCCACUCCUCUCAGAUUGACGUGCAGCUGACUGUAGGAGCCUGCUGGCAAGGUGGCGAGGUCUCUAAAGCAAAGUUUACACAAUAUUUCCGAGGCAGUUUGUCUGGACUGACGAUACGACCGGGGAAGAUUGAAAGCCAGACGAUCAUCUCCUGCCUACAGGCCUGCAAAGAAGGGCUGGACAUCACUUCACUGGAGAGCCUCGGACCGAGGAUAAAGUUUCAUUUGAAUCCUGCUCAAUCUCUGGUGGUGAUGGAGGGCGAGGAUCUGGAGCAGAUGAACAGCGCACUGAGGAAAGUUUCCUACAUCAACUCUCGGCAGUUUCCCAUUAUGGGAGCGCGUCACCUCCGGAUCUCAACGGCAGUGCAGUGUUUUGGAGAGGAUGUGUGUAUUUCUGUCCCUGAUAUUGAGGCAGUUGUCAUGGUAAUGCAGCCCAGUAAACCACGCAUCACAAUCACUGGGGCGGAGCACCUGACCAUCCCCGCCUCCGACCUUGCCCUAGGCCUAUCCCUGUUCAGAGAUUUGCAUAUCAUCAGCACAGUUACAAAAAGCGAUGAACCUACAAACACAGAUCAUAGUUCGGGUGUACUGAAGAAAAUCACGCAUAAUCUGGACUAUUGUGACAUCAUGGUCUUGGGGGAGGAGUUAAGGGCGGGGCUAGAGAGUCUUGAACUGCAACACAGCGCCUUAUUGGGCAAACACCUGGAAUACGCCAACUCUAGCACCGGCAUGUCCAUAUAUGGUGUGGACUCUAUUUCUCACUACACAGAGGUGAUCAGACAGGUGCGUUAUCAGAACCGCCAGGCUGUCGAUUCUGUCCGCACCUUCAGACUCACCUGUUCUGAGCUCAAUGGACGUUACACCAGCGAUCAGUAUACAUUACAGGUCAACAUCCUUCACAGUGAGGAAGCUGUGGAACAUGUCAAUCAUGCAAUGGCCCCACCCAAAUACGUUCAAAUUAUUCAUCCUGCAAUUAUAGAAUCUAACAACUACUACAACUUAGCUGUACCUGCCAUUGCUACUGCAGUCAUUGUGGUGUGUAUCGCCGCCCUGCUGGUGGUGCUUCUGGGUGUUUACCGCCUCAACCAACCACAAAACAAAGACAACAUACACACGCACACACUGCCAGAGAAACAAGCGGACUGUGACGGCUCCUCUCUCUCCAUCACUGUCAACCCACUGGAGACCUUUCAGGAGCUUCAGUCAGCAGAAGAAGUAACUGAGGAGGAAGAAGAUGAGGAAGAGGAAUGUGAUAUCUCAAGUACCGAAUCAGACAGUGAUGAAGAGGAAGCUACCACGUCUUUCAUACAUCAUCAAACCAGGAUGCAAUGGGGAAAAGCAUCAUUACACUGCUGAAAACACUCUCAAAACACAACGCUCUACCUGUAGCAUCGUAGUGACCUGCAAUACGAGCGAGUUUACAUGCAAACACACACAAACAUGCUCUGAAAAGACUCCUCGCUGGUUCGAAGCGGCUCUGAUCCUUUGUGAAACUGUUUUGGUGUGAGAUGACAAACUAAUAAAAGUCCUGCAUCCAGUCUGAUCCCUUUAUGCUCUCUGUCUCUACCGCUGGAGGACAAUAACAGAAGGUAUGAGACAGUAGAACAAGUUUCUUUUUUGAGGCCUCUUCAGUUCAUCUCAUUUGAUGUGAAAUUUUCAUCCUUCACCCUGAAAUUUAGCUGUAAUAACUGGCGGUGAAAAAGUUGUCAUCAUGAGUCUUGUACAUUUUUAUAAAUCCGUGCGUGCCCCCUUUAAAUGUUGUCUUAGUACUAUACAGCUACUCUGUGUAACAUGGCGGUGCGUUUUGUGUGCGAGUGGUUUUGUAAAUGAAUGUUCACUCAUUAUAAAGUGCGAAUGAAUGAAUUAUGUGUAUUUGUAUUAUCUUACCGACUU